AUGUACCCUCGUUUCUACUUUGCUUUCCGCCCCCCGGGGGCCCCUUCAACGGGCCGCUCAUUUCGCUGUCGCGAUUUCCUUCCCUUCGGCGCCGGCGCCCUUCAAGGAGCCCCUGGAGGGCAGUUUUGCGGCCAAAACUCUGCCACGACGGCUACGAAGAGGCACCGACCUGUAAUUCAGCUCCGGAGAUUGUCUAAACGGCCUGCGUUUCACGGGAAAUGCUUGCCCCCUGCUUCCGUAGCACCGGCCGAAUACUGCCCUUCGUCCUUUCCUCCUUGUUCCUCUGGUUCUACCCGUGGAUAUCUCAUUGAACCCGGGAGCGCACCUACCUCUGAGCAAUCCGAAAAGCCCCCGGCCCGCUGCAUGGAUGAGAGUGAGAGGGCAACCAGCCAACCAGGGGGCCCUGGGCCUCCUUGUAGAUCCGAGACACCGGGAGCGCCUUGUCGGCGCGCAGGUUUCGUAGCGGGGAAGGAGGCUCCACACAGCCAUGCGUCUCCAGCGGGGGCAGGAAUAGCAACUCCUGCCGCUCCGUCAACAGAUACAGGUUUGGACGUGGAGGCUGGAGCCCCCUCUGUGAGUUCCGCAGGCGCUGCGUGGUACAAGGCAGAAAGCAGCCUUCCCAAGAGCGGUGCAUUAUGCAUCCCUCUGCCUCAAGAGCCACUCCUAGGUCUUCUCAGAGUCGCUGGAGUUACCCAUCUGCUCCCCUUACAGCAGCUUGCACUGCCACUGCUGUUGCAGCGGCAAGUUGACGUGCUGCUGGCCGCCCCCACUGGCACGGGUAAGUCACUUGCGGCAGCCGUGGCGGUCGUGAGCUCGCUGGUGAGUGAACAGCGGAGCCACCUUUCUGCUGAUAAAGCUGCCUCUGGCAGUUCUAGCACGGCUGGGAGGGGCCCCCGCGGGCCCUCUCUUGGUUGCGUAUUGGCGUUGGUGGUGACGCCUACACGGGACAUGGCGGUGCAGACGCGAAAGUUGCUAGGGGCCAUUGGGCGCUACAGUCAACUGCGAGUCUCCCUCUUGCUGGGGAGGGGCCCCGGGGAGAGCGGCUCUGGGGGGUGCCCUUGGGAACAAUUUGUUGUGGUGCACCGGCAGAGGCCCCACGUUCUUGUCUGUACUCCCGGCAAAGCUGAAGAAUUGACGCACUUCUUGCUGGCUGCAAGUCAGCGGCGAAUGGAGGAAGCUGGACAAAUCCCUAAGGGCACCACUAGUUUGCUCUCAAAUUGUAAACUUAUGGUUGUAGAAGACGCGGCUCUUCAACUGCAGGAGCCACUGAUGCUACGUACUCUUGCAAAGUUGAAAGAGCUCAUGCCAGCUGACCACAAGUGCAUUAUGCUGGCUAGCAGCUUGUCUUGGGAAGUGCGGGGCACCGCGGCGCGGCUGAUGCGGGUUAACUCCUUCAUCCUAAACUGCCUGGAGGGCCCUCCCCCAAUGACCGCAUCGGCACUGCUUCAGUGGCGUGCCCCCCAGCAGCUCUCCCACAGCUUGCCUCUCGUUACCCCAGGGAACAUUGAGACAUCUCAAUCCAAGUGCCUCCAAGUCCUGCUUCCUACGCUCCCACUGCCCAAGCCAGAGGAGACACAGGUGCACACAGACGCGCCACAGAGAGCGGCUCGCUUGCGACCCAAGAAGCCUCUGGCGGAGCCGCCGCCGCAAGCUUGCAUGCUACAAGACGAAAAUACGCCUCCUAUGGGUGUAACCGGACCUCUCGAGAGUCUUUCGAACAACAGCCUUGAGACAGAGGUGUCACGGGUAGCAUGCAUUCUGGAUCUGGAGCAGCCCCAAUCUUUAUGGGGCCCCAAGCGUAGCCAGGAAUUUCUGUCUAAGAAGCGUUACGAGCUAUCACGGGCACCAGAGGGCGCUCGUAGCACUGUGCAUUUUCCCUCUUCUGGUUUCCGAAAUGUUGGUAUGCCAGAAGAAUUCCUCUUGUACCCUCCAGAGCUACAUGGACACUUGCUAUUCAAUGUGCUACAAAGGGAAGCUACUGCAGCAGCGGCAGCAGAUAGAGCAGCACUCUCAGAAACAGUGGCAAACCGGAUAUUACCGGCAGGAGAGGCAGGAGGAGCAGGGCCUAGAUUAUCGCGUCCAUGUGGUCGCGUGCUGGUGUUUUUUAGCUCUACAAAGGCUCUGCAGUUUCACUAUGCACUUUUCAAGCAUUUCCUGCUCCCGAAUGCUGAGAAUGUGAUCUACCAAGCCAAGCGUGCAGAGGCGGAGUCCAGAGGCUCUACAGAGGCCCUGAACGCCAAAGAGGACGACAACACCAGCUGCAGCCGGAGCAGCAGCGCGUUCAACAGCAGCGAUGACGGAUUCCUCAGCAACCGCGGCAGGGACGGCAGCAAUAGCAAAUGGAGAGAGGGCGAGGAUAUGAAUUCUUCUGUGGCGGCAGAUUGUUGGCCUGUUGACGUGCCCCUUCCUUCUUUGCUCUGCCUGCACAGCCGCUUGUCUGCAGAAAAGCGAAGGGCCGUAGUGGAAGCUUUUGCUGCUGAGCCGGCAAACGAGAUCGGAGAGGGAGUGCAGAAGGCUCGUAGGCUAAAAGUUUUGUUUUGCACAGAUGUUGCUGCUGUGGGGGUCCAGUUGGGGUGCCCACAGCUCAUCAUGCAGGUUGGAACUCCAAAGAGCGUUGAACUAUACGUACAGCGAGCAGCCAGAGCGCCGAGAGGUUGUCGCAAGCUGUUGGCUCUUAGCGACCUGGAUGGACAUUUUCUUUUUGAAUGCUACAAACAGCAGAUACACCUUCAAGAAGCGGAUGCACAAACAACCUUAUGCCUCCUCAAGCCAAGCGCAGUUUUUGCAGCGGCCUUAGGAGAAAGAGCGGGAGCUGUUUCAUACCGAGCAGCUGCAAAGCGUUAUCAGGAUGACUCCCAGAGAACUUUGGGUGUCCAUCGACCCCAAACGCCUGAGGACUCCGUAGAGCAAGAUAAAGAAGAGGAGACAGGGCUCUGUGGGCUCCUGCCAGAAUAUUAUCCUGCCCAGUUCUGUCAGAAACAUGUUGCAAACGAUGAAAAUGGAGUCCCGCAGCCUUCGUUGCUGCCACUCUCUCUUGCCAGUGCCGGGAUUGAGUCAGCAGAAGCCUCUCGCUCACCAGUGUGUUCCAUACCUACGACCUGGGAAGCAGCCGUUCCGUUGCGGGCCUCUUGCGAAUUGAUGUAUCGCUCGCUCUUGGGACUUUACGCUCUGCAGGCUUCUCGACUCAAAUAUGAAAGGUAG